AUGGGUGUCCAUCAACAUAUGCAUUUCUCAGGAGAUCCGGAGGAUAAUCCUCUCACAGAUGUGCCCCAGAUUCCUCCUAAUCCCUCACCUCAGCCUGUCACCUCUAAUCUGACUAAAUCCUACUCCACCCGAACUACUACUUCUCACCCACCUCCACCUCAGCCUCCACCUAGAACUCCUAGGAUAGUGACAGUCAAACAGACAAUAGCCAGCACACCCAUUGAAGACCCGGUGGAUGUUUUGGCUUGCCCAGUUUUAUUGAGAGAAAACUCUGACAAUCAGGAUGAACUAUUGGCAGAGCACAAAAUAUUUGAUUUUAAAACGCUCAAAACUCUCAGAGAUAGCGUGGUACAAAAUGGAAAUACAGCUCCCUUUACCUUGGCGCUAAUUAAAAAUAUCAGCCAACAAUUACUUACACCCGAAGACUGGUAUACUUUAGCCCCAUCCACACUUAAUGGUGGCGAUUAUUUGAAUUGGAGACUAUAUUUUCAGGAUCUAUCUAAGGAACAAGAGAAAGCCAAUGAAAGAGCAGGGAUUGAUAUCUCAUAUGAACAAUUAAUAGGAGAAGGUGAAUUUCACACCCUUCUUACGCAACUGGCAUAUACAGAGCAAGCCUACAAUCAAAUCUCAGUAGCAGCAGAAAGAGCAUGGCAAUCCUUACCAGCAAAGGAUAAUGCGCCGAGUUCAUUGGCAGAAAUUAAACAAAGGCCAACAGAACAUUUUUCAGAUUUUAUUGACAGACUAUCUACCGCUAUAAAAAGACGGAUUUCAGACCCAGAGUCAGGAGAAAUACUUCUAAAAGAUCUUGCAUACACAGACGCUAAUGCAGACGCUAAGAAAUCAAUAGCACCCUUUAAAUCUACCGGUUCCCAAGCAGCUGAAGGAAAGCUUGCACAGAAACUGCUCCAUGACCUCUUCACCAACUAUACUCGUGCCCUCCGGCCUGUGAAGGACACGGAUCAGGCCCUGAAUGUGACCCUGGAUGUGACUCUGUCCCAGAUCAUCGACAUGGAUGAACGAAAUCAGGUGCUGACCCUGUACCUGUGGAUUCGCCAGGAGUGGGCUGAUGCUUACUUGUGCUGGGAGCCGGAGGUCUAUGGGGGUCUUGAUUCCAUAAGAAUCCCCAGCAGCCUGGUCUGGAGACCUGACAUCGUGCUAUAUAACAAGGCAGACACGCAGCCGCCGGCUUCAGCCAGCACCAACGUGGUUCUUCGACACGACGGCCACGUGCGCUGGGACGCCCCCGCUAUCACCCGGAGUUCGUGCCGCGUUGACGUGGCGGCUUUCCCGUUCGACUCACAGAGCUGCCGCCUGACCUUCGGCUCAUGGACUCACGUGGGCCACCAGCUGGACGUGUGGCCCGGCGCGCCGGGGGCCGGCCUGGCCGACUUCGUGGAGAACGUGGAGUGGCGCGUGCUGGGCAUGCCUGCCCGGCGGAGCGUGGUCACCUACGGCUGCUGCUCGGAGCCGUACCCAGAUGUGACCUACACGCUGCUGCUCCAGCGCCGAGCCGCCGCCUACGUGGCCAACCUCCUGCUGCCCUGCGUGCUCAUCUCGCUGCUGGCCCCGCUCGCCUUCCACCUGCCCGCGGACUCCGGGGAGAAGGUGUCGCUGGGCGUCACUGUCCUCCUGGCCCUCACCGUCUUUCAGCUGCUCCUGGCUGAGAACAUGCCCCCUGCCGAGAGUGUGCCCCUCAUCGGGAAGUACUACAUGACCACGAUGGCGCUGGUGACAGCCUCCACGGCACUGACCAUCCUCAUCAUGAAUCUGCACUACAGUGGCCCUGGUGUCCGCCCAGUGCCUGCCUGGGCUCAGACAUUUUUGUUAGGCUACUUGGCCCGAGGGUUGUUUGUCCGGGAGCGGGGAGAGCCCUGUGGGGGGGCCCAGCACCCUCUUGUUCCUCCUCAUCCCUCAGUGCACCCCAAGCCUCGCCUGGGACGAGGAUCAGGCGCUGGGCCAUGCUCAGAGCCACGUUGCCCUUGUCACCAGGAGGCCCUGCUCCGCCAUGUAGGUGCCAUCGCGGUUGCCUGCCGCAGCCAUAGGGCUGCCCAGCGCCUCAGAGGGGAUUGGAAGCGUUUGGCAAGAGUGGUAGACCGAUUUUUCCUAGCUGUCUUCUUUGUCAUGGUACUUGCCAUGAGCCUGCUGGUCCUGGGCCAUGCCCUCUGA